CAACAGCGCAUCUCGCCUGGAAACACCACAAAAAGUAUGGCCGAUAACGGGAAGUCCGGCAGCAGCAGCGCCAAGCGCAAGCACGCUGAUCGCGAUGCUGGCAGCGGACGAGGACAAGGUGGUGGGGAACGAGGACAAGGUGGCAACCGAGGUGGCAGACGAGGUGCAGGGCAGUUUGGCAAGCGACCAAAGCGCAAGCGCCAGGAGCUGCGAUCGGGCCUUGUUGGAUUCCUGAUGACCACACAAAACAUCCGAGAUGAUCGCCGCUGCAUUAACGAGUGCUACAGCCUUCUUAACAAGGCUGAGGAAGAGCUGAGACAAGACAACGACGAUGGCCACGAGACCAAGGACGCUGCAUCCACUGCAGGCCAGUCCAUCGAGGACUUGCUGCAGCAGGAGAUCGACGAGCUCUCAAAACCAGAUGCCAUGAGCCGUGCUUCCAGCUUUAACGAAGCAGAUGUCGGCUGCAAGGGGAUGAUGUUUAUCGUAUCUGAUUCGCCAGUCGAGUGCCGAGCGCUCAGUGAUGCCAUUUACAACAAGGCCAUCGCCACCUCAGGUGGCAUUUGCAGGUUCAUUCAACGAUUCCUCCCCGUGCAAAUCACGUGUCGCGCAGCGCCUGACGUGAUUGCCAAAACGGUGCGACAGCUGCUUGAGCACUCUCCGCUGAGCGCAUCGUCUCCCCAAACAACGUUCAAGGUGCACUUCAAAUCAAGGUACAACAGUACCCUCAAACGCGACACUGCCAUCUCGGAAAUUGGACAGAUGCUGCUCGACACAGCACCACAACACAAAGCAGACAUGAAGAACCCGGCAGUGGUGAUAUCUUUGGAAGUGAUUAAGAACGUGUGCUGUGUGAGCGUGCUGGAGAACUUUAUGGCACGAUCGCGGUACAACUUGAGCGAAACAAGCCGCAAAGCGGAGGACAAGCGCCACGCUGCUGAAGACCAACCCCCAGCGAAUCUGCCAAGCAAAGAGAAGGGUGAGCAAGCAGGCGUUCCUGACGAUGACACGGACAACACCGGCGACAACGCUGGCGGCAAAAGGAUAUCACCGACAACGACAGCCGCUUAGGCCCAACACCAAGCCUAUCGCCUGUGCUCUUGUCCGUGU